ACCUCUCUCUUUUUCUGGUAUAAUUCCAAUUCCAAAGAGUAAAAAGGAGGUAGAAAAUAUGUCAGAAAUGGUGAUUUAGAAGCCAUUAAAUAGAGGAUUUGAAAGCCUUUUACUCACCAUUUUCCUCUAGUUUUUGCCUGAAAUUUUGUGAUUUUCUCGUGUGAUUAGGGUGAACUCUUUCACUGCAUUUUAAGUUCACGAUUAUUCUUUUCAUUCUCACUGCAACAGAAGCAAAAUCGACCUAAGGUUUAUCAUCGAUUGUGACCUAUGAAGCCAUAUGUCGAAUUGAGCUAAUUUCACAGCAAUCGAGCUCUGGAAGACCAUAAGUUAACACCGGUGGCAUCAUGGUCAUGGAGAAUGAUCAACAGAGAUAUGGACAGAUUAGCAACCCAAGCUUCAGUAGCAGUUACUAUCCUCAUGGUCGUUCUCGCAAGAUGUCCAUUGGUCUCACAGUUGAAGACCCUGCAUCUGUAGCUAGAAAAGGCCAGGCGAUUGGACGUUCUCCAUCUCUGAUUUUUCCUUCAAGCAAAGCAGCCAAUCCCAUUCAAGAAGAGCAAGAAGUAAGAACAAAUUCAAGGCAACAAGAGCUUUUGAACCACAAGAGUGAGUGGGUGUCUGUAUCAGCCAAGAAGACGACACAGAGUGUCCAGUUUUAUGGGAAUCGAAUGUCAAGUUUACAGUGUGAUGAUGGUGUUGCAAAGAAGUUUGAUAGUGUAGCUUAUAGUAGGAAGAGCAGGAAGGAUGGGAAGGAUGUUAUGGUAGAAGAAUGUGCCUUUAAAAGUACACAGAUUAUGCAUCACUUAUCCGGUGAAAGAGAAAAACAAGAGCCAGUUGGAGAAAACGAAGAUUUAGAGACAAAUAAAAACAGUGAUUCUUUGAGAAUGAAAUUAUGUGAAAUACUGGGAUCUGCAGCUUCACAGACUGAACAGAACAUACACUUGGAACCUAAUGCGGCUGAACAAAAUGAUCAGAUUCCUGAAUAUGAAGAGCUUACUUCAGAGAAAAGAAAAUCAAAUAAGAAAUUGGAACCCAUCAUGUUAGAGAAGAGUAAAUCAGAAAGGAGAGAGGAACCCAUGCCAGAGAAGAGGAAAACAGAAAGAGAGGAAUCUAUGUCAGAGAAGAUAAAAUCAAAACAGAGAGUGGAACCCAUGUCAGAGAAGAGGAAAUCACAAAAAAGAGUGGAGCCCAUAUCAGAGAAAAGGAUAUCAGAAAAAAGAGUGGACACCACGUCAGAGAAGGGGAAAUCAGAAGACAACAUGGCCCCAAGACCUAAGCAAAAGCACAAUUCCGAUACAAUAGAGACUGAUUCUGAGAGCCCAAAUGCUACUGCAAGGAGACCCAUCACUCGUUCAGUGGCUCGAAGAAGAAAACCAUCUAUUCGUAGCAGUACCAUGGCAGAAUUGCAGUUUCAGAUUAAUGGUGGUUAUCGAUAUCAGAAAUCAUGCAUCAACCAGGAAGACCAGAAGAAAAACAUAUUCGUGUUUGAUGAAGGAGGAGGGCAAUUGGGCCUCAUAAAUGGCCACAUUUCCAAGUUCAAGGGAAAGCCUGAGUGGAAAGAAUCAACAAUUUGGCCGAGUAGAGGAGUUGCAGAGAAGUCAUAUGUAAAUGUCAAGAAAACAACUAAGAAAGCACCCCUGAAACCCUUGCCAAAUAAUUUUGUUGUUGAAGAUGAUUUUCAGAGCCCAUUUCCGCCCAAACAAACAAAUGUUUUUAAAGAGAAUUUCAGGAGUCCACCAUCUCCACCACCAAUGGUAGAAAAAGAAGCUUCGAUUUGUAAGGUUCAAUCAAAACCACCAAAUCAAUUUGGGGGCAUGAGAGAACUUAGUCAAGCUCAUUCACCCCAGAAACCUAUAAGGGAACGAGGCAGUCAUAUUUCUCGGAAUUCUCAGGAACCCAAAGCAGGCUCUUAUGGACUGGGCACACCUACUCAGUCCUCUGAUGAUACUAGGGAGUGCAGAGAUAAGCAGCCGAUGCCUUCACCCUUGGUAACCAAGCGAAAUGCAGAAAACCUAGUUUUUCCUUCGCUUUCAUCAGACAAACAAAGUCCUCACUCUCAGGGUUCAGAGCAGCAUGAAGCUGAUUUUGAAGGUUCUAUUUUGACCCCUUUUAUGCCAAACUUUCCUUGGAAAUGCAGGGCUGUUACACAGUUUGCACUUGGUUUGGAGAGAUUCGAAAGCAAGAUAAAGUCACAAACUGCUAAGAGAAGCUCAGAGAUCCUUGCCUCAGCUGCAGAAAUAAUAAAAAAGCAGCUUCAGCACGUUGAGUGCCAGAUACAAUCUGCUAUAUACAACUUAAGAACACUGAGCAAAGCUAAGAGAAAACGCUUGGAAUUGAGAUUUCAAGACCAGCAGGAACGACUUAGACUGAUCCAAGAAAAGUUCAAAGAAGACAUAAAUCAACUUGUCCAGGAUUGCAAAAGCGCAAUGGUCGAGUUCGAGGAAGACCAGCUUACGUUGAGAGCAAAGGCCGAAACUGAAAGUAUGGUAAAAACUAUUAUAGAAUUGUGGCUGAAUUUGAUUCACAAAGCUUUAAAAAUACUUGUUUUUAAACAAACGACAACAAUGCCCCGACCACUGGGGGAGAGAGAGGCAGCCCGCCCACUACCUAGGCAGCUCAAUGCCUGCAUCCAUCUCUCUCUCUACCAGCACUGCUCCCGGACACUUCCACAUUUUUUUUUUUUGGUUUAUGAAAAUUCUUUAGUUUACAAUAUUAAUCAACAAAAGAACUUUUACAUUAAUUGUUUGGCCUUUUGCAAAUUUAUGCAUUGUACUGUACUGAUGUGUCCUCUUCUUUCUCUUGAUGACAUCUCCUUAUUGGAAGCUUCUCACAAGAAGCUUCUUUUGCAAGUCGAAAAAGAGAUUCAUUCUCAGCUACGAGACGCGGAGAGAAACAUUUCAUCUCUCCGUAAGGAUACAAGAGAGAAAAUGCGUAGUCUGAAACAUAUGUUGGGGCAAUGCCUAGCUGAGGGUUCGUUUGGUUGAAAUUGAUUAUAAGAUGCGACCAAAACUAAAGGCUUAACGUACGUUUCGCCAAGAUUGGGGUUUUUGGCUUGUAACGCGUGCUAUGAUGACCUAUUAUAAAGACGAGAGAGAGAGAGAGAACUUGGACAAAGAUUGGAGGAUACAUAGGGCGGAAAGGCGCAAGCUACACAAGUACAUAUCCUUUGGUUUAGGCAUAAUGCUUUCUUUCCUUCGUAAUGCUGAUGUCUUUACAAAUUCGUGUUUAAAGCCCAUCUCUCGUAAUGCUGAUGUCUUUAUAAAUUCGUGUUUAAA